UUAUUGGAAUCUCCAGUUGUGCCAAUUGUUGAUUAACCCAUCCAACCCAAAAGCAACAGAAACCAUUAAAAAAAGGAGUCGAUCAAGACAGAUGACACAAAACUAGAAGAAAACAUAGUGUCAUGAAACCAACCACUCAAUCAAAAAUCCAAACAUUACCCAAAAAUUAAGACAUGGUAUUUAACACAAAAUUAGUAGUCUCAGUGGCCAAAGCAUCCGCUGAUGCGUGGCAAUACUUAGCUUGUUUGCCUGAAACAAUCAACAAUCAACAUUUACUGGAUCUUGUCUUGUGCUUUCCUCUUGAGCAGCUUGGUCGUUUUGCUCUUUGCUUUUGGUCCUUCUUUUGUGUUCCCUCUUCUCCUGAUUCUUAUUAUUUGUAUCAUUCUUAUAACCGUUCUGAUUCGUCUUCUUCUGAUUCUGAUUCUGAUUCUGUUCAUUUUAGACGCCGCUUCUAUCGCAAUGAUCCUCAGUACUCAGAUUGAUGUGUAUUCUUUUUUAGAAUUGUCAUGAGUUGACUCUUGUGAUCCGUGUAGAUUGUACUAACCCUUUUUGUUGAUCUGCUCAUCUUUUAUUGGAUUUGGAUCAUAUGUAUAGAAUUACGGGUACUCCUUUGCAAGAUUGUACCUCUUCGUGCCCUUGUUAUGGUGAUCUACUUGUGUGAUUGUUGAGGAGAUUAGAAAUACAAUAACAUCUUCAUGUUUUGGUACAGUUGUCGUCUUGUCGUGUCUGUAAUAUUUGCGCGUUUAAAUGUAGCUGGCAUGUUCUGUUUUUCUUUUGGAGGAUUAUUGCUGAUGUAUAUGUAUGAGAUUCGUGAUUGUUAGUUUAUUGUUGUAUCUUCCGAAUUAAAA